GGAAGUCCAUUGAAUAACUCGUUAAAUCUCAGACAGGUUUGGGGUGUUUGGGUGUGACUGAAAUUGACGUGUGUCCCCUUUCAAUAUCUGAAAAACAGAAGCCGAAAUGGACAUUUAAAUCUUGGAUAACUGUAUUAGACAGAAAUAAAGUAUAUACUGUUUAAAGGGGAACAAUUAAAAUAAAUCAACAUGGUCUUACUGUCAAAGGGUGACCAUGUUUGGUUGGAACCAGAAACCCGGGGGGAAUUUAGUGUUGCCCUUGGUGCAAAAGUUCAGUUCUCAGAAUCUGGACGAAUUAAGGUCAUUGACGAUGAUGGCCAUGAACAUUGGAUCGAAGGAAAAAUACAAAUUAAACACAUGCACCCAACCUCGGUAGAUGGUAUGGAAGAUAUGAUUGGUUUAGGAGAUUUAAACGAAGCUGGAAUUUUACGAAAUCUUUUUAUACGUUAUAUGGACAACCUUAUAUAUACAUACACAGGGUCUAUUUUAGUAGCUGUUAAUCCUUAUGAAGUGCUGCCAAUCUACAAUGCUGAACAGAUAACUCUGUAUCGUGAUCGGAAGAUAGGAGAGUUACCUCCCCAUAUAUUUGCCAUAGCAGACAACUCGUACCACAACAUGAAGAGAUAUCAACAUGACCAAUGUGUUAUUAUAAGUGGUGAAUCUGGCGCAGGAAAGACAGAAUCCACAAAACUUAUUCUACAGUUUCUGGCAGCUAUUAGUGGUCAACAUUCAUGGAUUGAACAACAGAUUCUAGAGGCUAACCCUAUCAUGGAGGCUUUUGGAAAUGCCAAGACGAUACGAAACGAUAAUUCCAGCAGAUUCGGAAAGUAUAUUGACAUCCAUUUUACGGAUAAAGGUGUUAUAGAGGGUGCUAAGAUAGAACAGUAUUUAUUAGAGAAAUCGCGUAUAGUUAGUCAGGCUAAGGACGAGAGAAACUAUCAUAUUUUUUAUUGUAUGUUGAUGGGAAUGACUCGAGAAGAUAAAAAUAAACUGGAGUUAACAGAAGCUAAGGAUUAUUUUUACCUCAUACAGGGUAAAAGUAUAACAUGUGAAGGAAGAGAUGAUACAAAAGAAUUUGCUGACAUCCGAUCAGCCAUGAAAGUUUUAAUGUUUAAAGAUGAUGAAAUCUGGGAAAUCCUUAAAAUUCUUGCCACCCUUCUCCAUAUUGGAAAUAUACAGUAUAAUGCUAUUGAAUUAGAUCAUUUAGAAGCUACAGAGAUUCAAGAUAUCAGUCAUAUAAACAGUGCUGCUAGAUUAUUACAGGUUGAUGCUCAAUCAUUGGUUGAUUCAUUGACAACCAAAACUAUCUUCACAAGUGGAGAAACGGUCACAUCCACGAUGGGUCUAGCUGCAUCAUUAGAUGUCCGUGAUGCCUUUGUUAAGGGUAUCUACGGUAGAAUGUUCAUCUGGAUUGUAGAGAAAAUAAAUGCUGCCAUCUUUAAACCAAUGAGUGCAUCUUCACACUAUAGAAAGUCCAUUGGUGUUCUCGAUAUUUUUGGUUUUGAAAAUUUUAAUAAAAACAGUUUUGAACAAUUAUGUAUUAAUUAUGCUAACGAGAACCUACAACAGUUCUUUGUUAGGCACAUAUUUAAACUAGAACAGCAAGAAUAUAAUUUAGAAGGUAUAAAUUGGCAACAUAUUGAAUUCGUAGAUAAUCAGGAUGCUUUAGAUAUGAUUGCUGUCAAACCAAUGAAUAUUAUGGCGUUAGUUGACGAAGAAAGUAAAUUCCCUAAGGGAACAGAUACGACCAUGUUGAAUAAAUUACAUCAACACCAUUCAGACAAUCAGAAUUAUUUGAAACCAAAAUCAUCUCAUGUCACAUCUUUUGGUCUUAAUCAUUUUGCUGGAGUGGUUUUCUACGAUGCUAAAAGAUUUUUGGAGAAGAAUCGUGACACAUUCAGUCCAGAUUUGGUUAAUCUUAUCAAUAAUUCCAAAAGUAAAUUUAUUAAUAAAUUAUUUAAUGAAGAUAUGUCCAUGGGUACAGACACUAGGAAAAAAUCUCCCACGUUAGCAGCUCAGUUCAAGAGAUCUCUUGAUGCAUUGAUGAAAACGCUCAGCAGCUGUCAGCCAUUUUUCGUCAGAUGCAUUAAACCUAAUGAAUUUAAAAAGCCUAAGAUAUUUGAUAGAGAAUUAUGCUGUAAACAACUGCGAUAUUCUGGUAUGAUGGAGACUAUUAGAAUUCGACGGGCUGGAUAUCCAAUCAGACACACAUUUAAUGAAUUUGUGGAGCGUUAUAGAUUAUUGUGCGCUGGGAUUGGCCCCGCACAUAAAGAAGAUUGUCGAGCAGCGUCGUUAAAGAUUUGUCAAGCUGUUCUAAAGAAUACAGAUUACCAACUGGGAAAGACUAAAGUUUUCUUAAAGGAUGCUCAAGAUGCUUAUUUGGAACAGCAGAGAGAGGUGAUGUUAGCCAACAAGAUCCUUAUUAUACAGAAAACUGUACGUAGUUGGCACUGUCGACGUCGCUUCCUCAAAAUGCGUAAAAACAUUAUUACUAUCCAAUCAGCAUGGAGGUGUUUUGCUGAACGAAAAAGAUUUAUUAGGAUGCGACAAGGUUACAUGCGUCUACAGGCAUUAUGUAGAUCUAGAAUUUUAACAAUGAGAUACAAUGUUCUGCGUAGCAUCAUUAUGAACUUCCAGAGAUAUGCUCGAGGCCAUCUUGUACGACAGUGGGUACAGAAACGUGUGAUUGCUGUGGUAAAGAUUCAGUCAUCAGUUAGAACAUUGAUUGCUGUAAAGAAAUACAACAGAAUGAAGAUAGAGUUGAAGAAGAGACUUGAGGCUGAACAUCUGAGACAAGAAGAAGAAAAGCUUCUUAGGAAAAAGAUGAACACUAAGACUGCAAAAGAGGAAGCUGAAAGACAUCAUCUGGAACGUCUAGCUGAGAUUGAAAAAGAGGUUAUCCAAGAAGAACAACUGGAAAGAAAAAAAGCUCAAUAUAAAAAUAAACAAAUUGAAGAUGCCGAGAGAAAUCGAAAUGAAGAUGUGGAUGAAAGUAAAUUGAUUACAGAUCUGUUUGGCUUUGUGGGAAGUGCUGGCGAUGGAGGGACAGUCGAUUUCUUGACCAAUCAGGCCUACGCCGAUAUUGGCGAUGCGAAACGACCUCAGAUUGCAGAAGAUGGAGAUAGACUUAUUGGGUUUGAUGAAGAUGAUGAUUUGGAAGAAAUUAAAGAACACAAGUUUGGAAAAUUUGCGGCCACAUAUUUCCAGGCAAAUUCAUCCCAUUAUUUCAGCCGUAAAGCUCUACGACAACCUCUGUUACCACUUCGUAAUGAAGGUGAUCAGUUGGCUGCCUUGGCUGUUUGGAUUGUGAUAUUGAGAUUUAUGGGUGAUUUGCCUGAACCUAAAUACCACACUACGAUGGCAGAAAACAUUCGGGAUAACACCCCAGUGAUGUCUAAAAUCUACUCAACUUUAGGUAGAAAAUUCAAUAAAAAAGAUCUGGAGGAAGCCAUGAGAAUGGGAGAGGAAAUGGAGAAAGAUUCAACAGUUCCAUACCCAAGAAAUACUGUUAAAAAAUCUACGACUAGAAAAAAGAUUGUCUCUUUAACUCUGAAGAAAAAAUCAAAAUUAACAGAAGAAGUUACAAAGAAAUUGCAAGAUUAUGACAACUUGGGUAGUGGCAAUGCUCUCCUUGAAGAUCGUCCAAUGUCUAAUCUGGAAAAACUUCAUUUUAUCAUUGGUCAUGGUAUUUUACGACCUGAUCUUAGAGAUGAGAUUUAUUGUCAGAUCUGUAAACAGUUAACACAGAAUACCAAUAAAACAUCACAUGCUAGAGGCUGGAUUUUACUCUGUUUAUGUGUUGGAUGUUUUCCUCCAUCAGAAAAGUUGGUGAAAUAUUUACGUAAUUUUAUACUAGAGGGACCACCAGGUUAUGCGCCAUAUUGUGAAGAGAGAUUGAAAAGAACCUUUAAAAAUGGUCCCAGAAAUCAACCACCUAGUUGGUUAGAGUUACAGGCAACUAAAUCCAAGAAACCAUUGAUGUUGCCUAUAACUUUUAUGGAUGGUAAUACAAAGACCCUUCUGUCAGAUAGUGCUACCACUGCCAGAGAACUUUGUUUACAAUUAUCAGAAAAAAUCGAACUUAAAGAUCAGUUUGGGUUUUCUUUAUACAUUGCCCUCUUUGAUAAGGUGUCGUCAUUGGGAAGUGGAGGUGAUCAUGUGAUGGAUGCCAUUUCUCAAUGUGAACAAUAUGCCAAGGAACAAGGUGCACAAGAACGUAAUGCCCCCUGGAGGCUGUUUUUCAGGAAAGAGAUAUUUGCACCAUGGCAUGAUCCUAGUGAGGACAGUGUUGCUACUAAUUUAAUAUAUCAACAAGUUGUUCGAGGCAUUAAAUUCGGAGAAUACAGGUGUGAUAAGGAUGAAGAUUUGGCUAUGAUCGCAGCUCAGCAAUAUUUUGUGGAAUAUGGCAGCAACUUUUCUCCAGAACGUCUUCAAUCUUUACUGAACUCUUACAUUCCUGAUUCCUAUUUCAAUAAACCCAAUGCCUCUCAGAUGUGGAUGCAAGCCAUAUUGAAUAAAUUAAAAAGUCCUUAUUUUUCAAAUGAAAAAAUCAAACAGAACAAGGUCAAAGAAGAUAUCGUUAGCUAUGCAAAAUAUAAGUGGCCAUUGUUGUUUUCACGAUUUUACGAAGCCUAUAAAUUUGCGGGACCAAGUUUACCAAAGAAUGAUGUGAUAAUCGCUGUUAAUUGGACAGGCGUUUAUGUGGUGGAUGAUCAAGAACAAGUUCUUUUAGAGUUAUCUUUCCCUGAGAUCACUGCAGUUUCCAGUAGCAGAACUGGUAAAAUGCAUGGGCAGAGCUUUACGUUGGCCACGGUGAAAUUAGAUGAGUACACAUUUACGUCACCAAAUGCAGAAGAUAUUCGAGAUUUAGUUGUGACUUUUCUAGAAGGUUUGAAGAAGAGAUCCAAGUUUGUUAUAGCUAUUCAAGAUUAUAGUCAAGGAGGUGAAUUCCUGUCCAUAAAUAAAGGUGAUUUAAUUGUAUUAAACCAACAAAAUGGGGAAUCUGUCAUGAUGAACCCAGGAUGGUGUUUUGGUGAAAAUGCAAGAAGUGGAAAGAGUGGUGAUUUCCCUGCCGAAUGUGUUUAUGUUUUACCAACCAUAACUAAACCACCGAAUGAAAUAUUGAACUUGUUUAUUCAGGCUUCUGAUAAUACUACUCGUAUUCUAUCUUCACCGUCUGUUGAAUCUAUACAACAACUGAAUGGAGAAAAACCACACACACUUGAACAGUACUCCUACGAUCAUUUCAGGGCACCACCAAAGAGAACACUGAGUAAAACUCUUACAGCUCCGAAAAGGAAAGGAUUGGGAGAAUUGUGGAGAUAUUCAAAAGAUCCUCUGAAACAACCCUUAUUAAAGAAGUUAAUAGGGAAAGAUGAACCAAGUUCCGAAGCCUGCAUGUGUUUCUUAGCUAUACUAAAAUAUAUGGGAGAUCAUCCAUCAAGAAGAACUGGUCGAAUAGCCAAUGAACUCACAGAUCAAAUAUUUGAACCACCUCUAAGAAUUGAAAUUUUAAGAGAUGAAGUUUUUUGUCAGAUUAUGAAACAGUUAACUGACAACAAAAACAGAGUAAGUGAAGAUAGAGGUUGGGAGUUAAUGUGGUUAGCGACUGGUUGUUUUAAUCCUAGUGCCAAUUUAUUAAAAGAAUUAUCAAAGUUUUUGAGCACGAGGCAGAACUCGAUAGUAAAUGAUUGUAUGAUGCGGUUACAGAAAUCUCUAAGGAAUGGUCCAAGAAAAUAUCCACCCCAUCAAGUAGAAGUAGAGGCUAUUCAACAUAAAACAACACAAAUAUUACAUAAAGUUUAUUUCCCGGAUGAUAGUGAUGAGGCUUUUGAGGUGGAGUCAAGUACGAGAGCAAAAGAUUUCUGUCAGAAUAUUUCCACAAAACUUGGUUUAAGAUCACCGGAAGGUUUUAGUUUAUUUGUGAAAAUAGCUGAUAAAGUUAUCAGUGUCCCAGAAGGCGAUUUCUUCUUUGACUUUGUGCGACAUUUAACCGACUGGAUUCGUAAAGCACGUCCAGCUCGUGAAGGUGCUACCCCCCAAUUUACAUAUCAAGUAUUCUUCAUGAAGAAAUUAUGGACGAACACCGUCCCAGGAAAAGAUGUCAAUGCAGAUGUUAUUUUCCAUUUUCAUCAGGAAAUGCCAAAAUUAUUACGAGGUUAUCAUAAAUGCCCUCGUGAAGAUGCUGCCCAAUUAGCUUCGUUGAUUUAUCGAGUUAAAUAUGGAGAUAAUAAACAACAACUAGCAAACAUUCCUCGUAUUUUACGUGAAUUAUUACCAAAUGAUUUAAUUAAAAUACAAUCUCCAGAUGACUGGAAAAGGGUUAUCAUCAGCCAUUUUAAUAAAGAUGCUGGUAAAACUGUACAAGAUGCUAAAGUUGAUUUCUUAAAGAUUCUUUAUAAAUGGCCAACUUUUGGUUCAGCUUUCUUUGAAGUAAAGCAAACUACUGAAAUCAAUUAUCCUGAGAUUUUAUUAAUAGCAAUAAAUAAACAUGGUGUUAACUUGAUCCACCCACAGACAAAGGACAUAUUAGCUACUCAUCCAUUCACAAAGAUAUCUAACUGGAGUAGUGGUAACACAUAUUUCCACAUGACAAUUGGAAACUUAGUCCGAGGCAGUAAACUUCUAUGCGAAACAUCUCUGGGCUAUAAGAUGGAUGAUUUAUUAACGUCAUAUAUCAGUUUGAUGUUAGUUAACAUGAACAGACAGAAAAGACAGUAGAUAAACCUGUAAAUAUUUUUUAGGAUGGUUGUGAAAGGUAGCACGAUCAUCACUGCUAUUGUAUUAUAUUGUUAAUAAUCAUUCACUGAUACAUAUCAUUAUUAAUUAAUUAAUGUCUUCCUUAAUGAGGGAAAUUACUAAGUUGCCUUCCCUGUAGCAUGCUGAGUCCCCAUACAGAAAGAGCAAGGGGUCUGUUACACCUGUGUCUUUUUUAAACGCAUUUAUAUAAUCAUUUCAGAGCAUUAAGGCAUAUUUACACAUAUUGAAUGGUGCUGAAAACCACACAAGUCACGGGGUAGACAACUUGAGAAUUUCCUUGAUUAAUAUAAUAAAUGUUUACAUAUAGCUAUGCUCAAACCUUGUUUAUUUAUUAUUCAACCCAUGUUAAUUGUCAAUUGUUAAUUCAAAUGUUGAUUGAAAUUAAAAAAAAAAUAGUGAAUCAAUAUGAACCCAAGAGAGGUACAUUUUGAUUAUUAUUGUAAAAACAGGGUUAUUUGUUGAUGGUUUUUGAAGCAAUCUUUAUUAUGCAGUCGUCUUUAUUCGUUGUUGUGGAUUGUUCAUUGAAUUUGUUGUAUAAAUUAAUUGUGCUUUUGUAUAUUUAAAGACUAAUUGAAUUCUUAGUUUUUAUUUACUUUGCUGCCAAGACCUGAUUACAGCAACCUUAAGAAUAGAAAUGUUUAGUUUUAUUUUCAAACAACGCAGACUUGCUAUGUACUUACAAAAUUACUAAUAAGUAGAACUAUUUGUUUAAAUGUAUUUAAUUAUUUAUAUGAUAAUGAUAAACUAAGAUAUUAUAUGUAACUAUAAAAUUUAGGAAUUUUCUUUUCUUAGGAAAGUAAUGCUGUUUGUGCUUUCCAAGGUUUGUAAAAUUAUAACUUCAUAGCCAUAUCAUAGGGCAUAUUCUCGAAUUCCUUAUUCAUCAAAAAGACAUUUUAGUCAAACAAAACCACUACCUGCAUCUGCAUUCCAAAUCAUUGUCUUCAUAUUUAGAAUAUAGAACCACAUCAUUUAGAAUCUUGUCAAUGGCUUGGUUGUAAAAAGAGGUAUAUAUGUAUUCAAGCUUUAAGACUGCAUUAUUUUGUACUAUGGAUUCCAGCUAUAUAUCUGUUGUAAAAUUUUCAAGGUUUUGUAAGUUUGCUGCAUGAAGUUCGAUAGACUAGAUAUUUGGUAAAUAUUAUGGUAAUUUCAGUAAUAGAAUAUUUCUAUGCAAUUUUAUUUGAUAGUUAAGGCAUUGACUAUAAUAUGCAUCCUCAGAGGAUUCAUUUUUUUACCAAGAACAUUAUUUAAAUCAAUUGAUUUACACCACAACAAAUGAAUUCAUUCCAAAAUUCCACCUAUUUAUACAAUCGCAAAAAUCACCAUGUUUUUAUUUUUCUAUAAAGUAUAUUUACUAUUUGGUAUAUCUACCAUUUAUACUGUUUUGAAAAUUGCACAUUUCUAAUCUUUAUGCACAUUUUCGUUAAUACUGUACUUUUGAAGUAGAUGGUCCAAUCGGUUCUAUAGUCUUAUCAAAUGUAACAGUUACCAUACAUGGAUCAACUUCUAGGUGCCCUUGUCAUCAAUAAUACCAGAUAUUUCAUUACAAUUGCAAGUGUGAAUUCUGCCAUGCAAUCUUUGAUGUUGUGUAUUUUUCAAACAGAAGAGUCAAGAAAGUUUUUAUAAGUUGAUUCUAGUAACAAAUGAAGGUUAAUCCCAAACACUUACCAUGAACACAUAGUCUAGUACAGCAUCAUUAGAUUUUCUGAAGUAUGUUGAAUUUAGUAAAUGUAAAUCUAAUUUAAUUUCUCUUUUGAAGUUUGCUCAAAUUUUAGUUAUUGAAAGUCUCAAGAUAAGUCUACAAAGUAAAUCUCAUAAUUUGUCUCAAUAAAGGAGGCCUGUCGAAAUAAAUAAUGCGAUCUCUCAAAUUAUAUUUUUAAGUAUGGUAAAUACAAAUUAUUUGGAAUAAGCUAAACCAUUUACUCCUUUUAUGUAUCAAUUUGGUGUUUCCCCACUCAUAUUUUUCUAGUAUUUUCAUUCAUAUAGAUAUUUUUCUUUACAAGUUUUGGAGUGCUUUAUUUUGUUAGUUUACCAAAUUUCUAUAUAAAAUCACCAUUGGUGAGGUAAUUUUAUUACGGGGUUGUGUGUAGUGUUUCAAGUAGCUGAACCUCUUUGACUUCGGACAAAAUGAUUUAAUGAAUGGGGUUGAUUUGCUGUGUUAUUUCGUUUUUAUUUUAUGAUUAAAUUUUUAUUUUGGAAAAACUGAGAGCAAGUCAACUUGAUUUGUAGUAUUAGCUUUAAUUUGGCUUGGUAUGUCUUUAUAGAUAUAAAAAUUUUUUACAAUUCAACAAACAUAAAAUCGAGUGAAAUGGAGAGUUUAAUUUUUGACCCAAAUCAAAGAAGUCUAGCCAUUUUGAUUUAGAUUUAUCAUUUAUCAUUAUUUUUAUGUUAAGAGGAACUCCAGUCAAUGACAUUUGUAAUAUUUUAUUCAUCAUUUGAUAUCGAAUAGUUUUGAAAAUGGACAACCGAAAUACAAAUCAUUUAGACUUAAGUUAUGGUAGCAAAUUAAGAGGGUGGCUGUGGUCUCAUGAGUAGAACUGUCAGCCACUGUUUGUAAACAAAAAGCUGCUAUUCAGUUCAACCAUUUAUUCAAACAGCCAUGUGUUUAGAGUACAAAGGGUAGAUAUUGUGGCUCAAGGUGCAGGGUUUUGUUUAUAAACAUGUGUUAAUGUGCUAAAUGAUUUAAGUGUUGGGUUGUACAUUUUUUAACUAUUUAAAUAUUAGAUAUAUAUAAUGAAUAAAAUAUAACAAAUGGCAAAGACUGGACUUCUUUAUUAAAUUAUAUAUUAUUUUGAUUUGAAUUUUUGUAGUAAAUAUGAAGUUCAGAUAAUUUGAUAAUAAAAUCAUACUGCAAAACUGAAUAUCUAUUAAAGCUAUUCAGAUGAAGUACAUUGUUUCAGAAUAUUUGCUGAGUUUAAUGGUGUAACUAAUCAUUUACUAUUAUUAAAGAUUUUUUCAAUAUACAUAUAUAUUUAAGAUAUACUUUUAUAUAUUAAGAAGUAAAAAGAUAUUAGUAGAAACCAUUAAUUACAAAUAAAACUAAAAUUAUUAUUUCAUGGGCGUCAAUAUAAAUAUAUGUAUAAAAAUGUGGCCUAAAAUGACUUUUAUUAUCUAGAAUUCUAGCUAAAGUAGAACUUAUGAAAAAUAUCAUAUAGAAUAACAAAUGAAUAUAAAGUAGUAUUUAUUCCUUUAAUUGAUAAUAUAUAUGUUAAGUUUGUUUCAAACACUUUGGUUUAUGUAAUAUGUAUUUUUAAAGGAUAUUAGUAUACUUUGUACUGUCUACACUUCAUGGAUUACAAAUUGCAAUUCUUCACAAAUCAGACAAUCUUUAUGUAUUCAUAAUUUUAUUUGUAUUUACCUCCACUAGAUCAUACUGUACAGGCUGAAAAAUAUUGCACCCACAGCAAAUAUUAACUGAUUGCAUAUAAAAUCGACAAAAUUUAUGGGAACAGAAUAGAAGUACAAUUUUUGAAAAUAAAGAUCAGAUUUGUAGUUUUGUGUAGAAGUGGAAUUACAAAUUAGUAACUUUCUGUUCCUCCAUUUGAUCAUCCAAAUAGUUUUUAUAUACAGUAUAUAAUUUGCAUUUAACCUUUAUAUUCUGUGUUUGCCAUAUGAAUGUUCAAUAUUUAUGUAAGUCUUUUUUUUUUUUGAAAAUUUAAAAUGUACUGUUAGUUCUAGGGCUUCUUUUUAAACUACAUAAUUUGUAUUUAAAAAAUAGUGUAAAUACUUUUACAAUCUAAACAUAAAUGAAUGUAUAGCAUUAUUAUCAUCAUAUUAUACACAAUAUAGGUUUGUGGGGUGAUUUCUCAUAUUGAAGAUAACAAAUUUAUGUGCUAUCCAGUCCAGACUUUAGCUUGGUAUAAGGUGCAAACAAUCCAUAUACAGUAGAUUAUACAUAAAAUCCACAGGGGAAAAAGGACUUCACCAGUGCUUUAAAGAUUUUGAUGAUUUAAAAAAAAGUACAAAUGCAACAUUUUACAUAUUAGUGAUUUUCUAGAAUUUCUUGUUUACUUUAAUUAUAUAUAUUUAUAAAUAAAGAACAAUUAUUUAAUUCAAAUAUUUUUUUUUAUUAUUAUUAAUAACAAUAAUUUUGUCUACAAUAUAUAAAUAUGUAUAUUUAACUGAAAUUUUGUGUUUGAGUAAAAUGCGUUUUGUCUUCUAUUGCCUUCUAAUUAUAUAUUUUCAUCAAAGGCAAUAAACAAUGUCCUAGACUAUUA